GGGGGCCGGGGAGGGGACCCCGGGGCUUCGCUGCCACAUCCUUCCAACACCUUCCCCCAGUCCGCGGACGGCCUUGGGGCUGCUGCCCCCACCUUAGGGCGCGAGAUCCUGGAGCCAGGCUCUCUGGACUGGAAUUGGCAGGCUCUCGAGGGCCCAAUUCCUCACCCUCUCCCCCAUCAGGAGCGACCAUCACGACCUCUCCGGCCAGCCUUGCACAGAGGUUGGAACUCUGAGGCCCAGUUACUUGCCCAGGAAUUCUACACUGGCAGUCGUCAGGCAGAGCCGUCUCCUGCCUCAGCACGCGGCUCCCUCCCCUCAUCCCUCCGCAGCCAUGGUCUGGAUGAAGCUGGGCUCCGCCAACUUCUCCAGCUGCCCCAACGGCUCCAGCCAGUGGAUAUGGGACGUGCUCGGCGAGUGCGCCCAGGACGGCUGGGACAAGGCCAGUGUGGGCCUGGGCUUGCUCUCCAUCCUCUGCUUCGCGGCAUCCACCUUCCCCCAGUACAUCAAGGCCUGCAAGACGGGCAACAUGGACCAGGCCCUGUCGCUGUGGUUCCUCCUGGGCUGGAUCGGCGGAGACUCCUGCAAUCUCAUUGGCUCCUUCCUUGCUGACCAGCUGCCCCUGCAGACCUACACGGCCGUGUACUACGUCCUGGCCGACGUGCUGAUGCUGUCACUGUACUUCUAUUACAAGUUUAAGAAGCGCCCUUCUCCGCGGUCUGCCCCCAUCAACUCUCUGCUCUUGUUCAUCCUGGGCGUGGUGUGUACCACCCCGCUGCUGAGAAGCGCUGGCUCGGUGGCUGCCCCGAGGGAAGUCUUCCAGGGGCGGACACUCCUGUCCGUGGAGCCGGGCAAUAAGCCCUUCACGAGAAAGGAGAUCAUUGGCUUCGUCAUCGGCUCCGUGUCCAGCGUGCUGUACCUGUUCUCCCGGCUGCCUCAGAUCCGCACCAACUUCCUGCGGAAGUCGACCCAGGGAAUCUCGUACUCACUGUUCGCCUUGGUGAUGCUGGGGAAUACGCUGUAUGGACUGAGUGUGCUGCUCAAAAACCCCGAGGAGGGCCAGAGCGAGGGCAGCUACGUGCUACACCACCUGCCCUGGCUUGUGGGCAGCCUGGGCGUCCUGCUGCUCGACACCAUCAUCUCCGUGCAGUUCUUCAUGUACCGGCACGCCGCCCCCUCAUCCGAGCGCCAGCCGCUCCUUCCCGGCUGAGCAGGACCAGGCUGAGCCCAGGAGGUGCCCGGGGCCUCCUGACGCCCCCAGGAAGGGAGAGGCGUGCAGUGACGGCGCUGCCUGCCCCGGUCUGGGCCGGGGGGGCGCCGGGGAGCCUGGAACUGCCGGCCCAAACGCCCCUCCAGCACCCCCAAAGGCUCGUGAGCUGAAGCCCUGGCUGACUGCCUCUUCCUGGAGGACGGCCCUUGGGCCCCCCACCCCAACUUGGGACUUGUCCUCCGCGGGGCCGGAGGCCACUCUCCCUGGAGCCCGGGGAGGGGCUGCA